ACCGCGCCCUCACACGACGUACGUUUCACAUGGAGGACGUACGUACGGAUACCGGCGCGGCCAUUAUACGGCCGUAUUUCAGAUUUAGCACCGUCGACAAAUGAAAUCAAUUAAAGCAAAUCAAAACUGAGAAGGAAUAAUUUCAUAAUGCCAAGGCAUCAGGAAGAUUUUGUAGCCGUGCUGAACGACGAAAGCUGACACCUUAUUUAAGGCAUGGCUUGCAAUGGAACAGACUUGUUGCUGUCCGUCAAAGACUGGCAUUACCGAGCUGAGGGCAACGCCUCUUUUGUCAUCUUUAACCCCACGACACGGACGAUACUGAAAUUAAGGAAGAGAUGUGCUCCCAAGGAGUCAAUUUUUGAGGUCAUGGCUGAUGAUUUGCAACCAUUCCAAGGGUUUAUAGAGACUGUAAUUGAACCGUUAUUGGGAACGGAAUAUAUCUGUCUGUCGGCAAUGAUCCCAGUCAACCAAGCCUUCCUAGAGAGGGUCGCUCAGUAUUUUGAACCCCAACGCCCAGAGAAGCGCCUUCAUAAGCAGGUUGACAUCAGCAAGAAAUACGCCCUCAGCCUCCCCGAUUUCUGCUUCCUUCGAUAUCCACAUAAAAUGCAGUCACAGGGUCCAACGUUUUGCAUUGAACUAAAGCCAAAGAGAGGCUUUUUGCCCGUGUCGGGUCACAUUCCUGACGAUCUUGCCAUCAAGUAUUCUGUCUGUCGUUACUGUCUUCUCCAACAAUAUAAGGUUCAACAGGGUAUAUGGGAGAAGCGUAGUCAUUACUGUCCACUAGACCUAUUUUCGUGCGACCCAUCCAGAAUGAAGUACAGCCUCAAUAUGUUGCUGGAAAACCCUCAGAACAACUUGAGGAUCUUUAAGGAUGGCGUCGCCAUCUACCACGUCCAGGAGAAGUCCACCCCAACUGAGGCUGAACAAGGUGAAUUAGUGGAGCACCUGCGGCAAUACUUUGAGGAUGACUGUGUUGGGGAGAAGAAGAUCCCAGAAAGUCCGCUCCAAAGCUCCUGCGUCCAGUCGUUUCUAGAUGUCAUCAUACAGGCCUUGAUGUCAUCCAGUACAAAGAAUGGAAUCAAGCAAAGAGCGCAUGCCAACAGAUCAAUGCAGGGAUUACAGACGUGUGCUGAGAGUGGAUAUAGCAGCUGUUAUAAAGACAAAUACCCGACCGGAGUGAGCAUGAAGCCGAGUGACAACUGCAUCCUGAGGAGACUUGUGGCCGGCCAGUCGUUGACUGUCCUAGAGAUUGAUGUCAUCUUGCCACUCUAUCAGAAGGUCUUGCAGUACAUCAAGCUGCAUCCUGAACACAGUGAGAAAUACCGUCUGGAUUUUCCGUACGACGAGGAUUUCUCGAGCAUGGAUGAGGAGACCUGGAGGUUUCUGGGCAAUCUCAAGAAUGGACGGACUAACGGGACGCUAGACGUCUCGGGCAUCAGCAUCAAGGAUGCGGUGCAACUGAUCCGGGAAUAUCUCAUCACUCGCACCUUGCAAGACUGCUCCAUCAUGCUGGCUGUGCAACUGGUCACACAGGAGAAAAGUUCCCCCCUGCCUUGCAGUGUCUCACUGGUCCAGUCUCCUCAGGGUAGGCGUUACUUAUAUUCAGCAUCCGUUGUGGAUCUAGACCCAAAGCCGUCCACCAAAAUACCCACGUACGAAUCGCUGGACAGGAAGAUUGCACGGGGUUACGUCAGACGACAUCAGAAUGGAAUUGUGGAGCCAUCAGUGGUCACUCCAGGCUGCUGAUGCCUAACUCCCUGAGUUGUAAUGAGUCAUCACAAGUCAUCACAAGUUGUCACCAGUCAUCACAACUGUUAAUAAGUUGUCACAAGUGACCUCAAGUCAUCACAAGUCGUCAUAAGUUCACUGCUAGUCAUCACAAGUUGUCACCAGUCAUCACAACUCAUCACCAGUCGUCACCAAGUGAUCUCAAGUCAUCACAAGUCCUCGUAAGUUCACUGCUAGUCAUCACAAGUUGUCACCAGUCAUCACAACUCAUCAUCAGUCGUCACCAAGUGACCUCAAGUCAUCACAAGCUAUCACAAGUCUCAUAAGUUCACUGCUAGUCAUCGCAAGUUGUCACCAGUCAUCACAAUGCAUCAAAAGUUGUCACAAGUCAUCACAAGUCAAUUGCUUGUUUUUUUUCAAUUUCACCAGUCUCAAGUCAAGUCAGAAGCUCUUCAAAUGCGCUCUGACAAGGGCAUUCCUUUCUUAUCCUCAUCUCAUGUGUUUUUGUGACAUUACUGGAUUGAUUUUUGAUUUUUGACUUGUGACCUGACCUGAUUUUAACUCGAUUCACUUGUGAGUGACCUGUAAUGACUUGAUUUCAACUCUGCUUGAUGUCCCAAUGCGAUCCGUGCACAAACUAAAGAGGGCGCUUUUUUACCACUUUUGAGAGCCCAGUGCACAUGACACAACAACGCCUGCGCAUCCUGGUUUGUGCACGUAUUACGUGAAGUACGCAUGACUUAUGACAUUGUGAAUGUGCACAAAGCCAUAGCAUAUUCGUGUGACCAUCAAGCGUCAUCGGCAAUGCAUUCAAAGGUUGUCUCCCAGUGGUCUCCACCAACUCUCCCUUUCUGACCGUUGAGGGGGUACUUGCGCAUGGAGCUCAUACACUGAGGCUGAACAGCGGUUGGAUAUAUCCAGUACACCGCUCCAAGCCCCUUUCUCCCCCCCCCCCUCCUAGAACCCAGAGCAGGCCCACCGACUUGCAUUUGCCUCCCAUUCCCACCCCCAGCCUCCCAUGUGCCGUCAUGUAUUAUUUGUUGGUAGGUAGCUAAGCAUUAUGUCUUUUGCAGUGGAUUUGUACUGUCGUAUUCGGAGUCGGUAACCAUGGUACUAAACCCAGUGACAUCACCGGGCAUUGAAUAAGCCAGUUUGACAUUCCAUCUUUAAGUGUGCUUGCAUUAAUAUUUGUUAAUUUUCUCUCCGGAAUAUAUAUCAGCCAUGCAAGAAACUCAUAAAAUUAACGUUACAGAAAAAUUGGAAAAAAAAAAAAAAAAUCUUAAAUUAA